CCAUAGUUUGAACGUCGAAGGUUUCACUUCGGCUCACAUACGUGAUCGGAACAGCAGGGAGACAUGAUGCAUGAAAUCCCAGCGAAAAUGAAUGAGUACAGAAAGGGUUUAUGUUGACAUUGUUGUACCCAAGACGACGUCAUGUGUUAAGCAGACAAACACACGUAAAAAGCCAACGGAUUCAGCCAUGGAUUGUGACAUUUUGGACUCGUUAGAGCAACUCGGCUAUGACGGCCCUCUGCUGGAGGAGAAGGCGCUGCUCACAGCAGCAGAGGGAGGCCUGUCCUCUCCUGAGUAUGUGGACCUGUGCAGGUGGCUGGCAUCCAGGUUAAAGUCCCUGUGUGAUCUGGAGGAGAGCAUCACUUCUGGUCCAGACGACAUAGACAGCCUUCAGGUGGAGAUGAGUGGUUUGCUGAAGGAGCUGCACUGUCCUUACAAAGAAGUCGUCUCUGGGAUUCUCAAGGGCAGUGCCCUAAAUACAAAAGAUCAUCUCAAGUUUGUCUUGUUUCUAAGCUCUGAGCUCCAGGCAGCUCAGAUUGUGAGGAGCAGACGAGUUGUGGGUCACCAGCAAGAAGAGAAUCCAGUUUGUCAAGAGCUCUCGGCAAUCUGCCAAACGCUGAACCUGCCAGAACCCCAAGGACAGGAUGCAGCAGGCGUUUUCUCUCAAGUCCAAGACAAGGUUGAUAAGAUAAUUGAAGAUCUUCCACAUGGUUGCCUUGGAAAACCAGUGCUAAAGGAAUCUCUACGCAGUGAACAAUGGGAGAAGUUGCACAACAUAAACCUGGUCCUGUCCUCAGAGUACGAAUGCCGGCGAAGGAUGUUGAUCAAACGACUGGACGUCACAGUUCAGUCGUUUGGGUGGUCAGAGCGGGCAAAGGUCAAGGUGGACAGCAUGGCGAGAGCCUACCAGCCCAAGAGACACUCUCUGAGGCCGCAGUCCACGGUGGACAUGGCCGAGCUGCUGGCUGCCAGAGAAGACAUCUGCAACCUGGUGAAGACCAGCAGCGGCUCCAGCAGGGAGAAGACGGCCUGUGCUGUCAACAAGAUCCUGAUGGGAAGAGUCCCGGACAGAGGAGGACGUCCCUCGGAGAUACAAGCUCCACCUCCUGAGAUGCCCCCCUGGCAAAAAAGACAAGAUGGCGGAGGUGGUGGUGGAGGCUGGGGAGGCCGUGGCGGUGGAAGAGGAGGGGGAGGUGGUGGAGGUUGGAGAGGAGGCGGAUGGAGUCAAGGAGGUCACGGUGGACGUGGAAAUUAUGGAGGACAUGGAGGCUACGGAGGACGCAGUGGACAAGGCAACUAUGGUGGAAAUGGUGGACACGGAAGCUAUGGAGGAUAUAGUGGACACGGAGGAAAGAGAGGACGAUACCAGUAUUAA